CCCGUCCCCGCUCGGGUGCUCUGGCGCUGGGGACGCGGGCCCGGUGGGCGCGGGGACACGGGGGCUGAGGGCACAGGCUCGGUGACACAGCUCGGGCUGCGGGGACGCAGCGUUGAAGAUGCGGAGCAGGCGGCUCGGGGACACGGUGUAAUGCGGAGUGCACUGAGCAACUCGGGGCUCGGCUCUUGGGGACCCGCAGGGCCCUACAGCCAGCCCGGCCCCCCUGAGCACCCGCCAGCGGCAGGGGAUCCCUGGGGUUCCAUGGUGGGCUGUGCCCCUCCUGCCCCACCGCAGCCCCUUGCCGGGGCAGGGGCAGGCGCUGGCCGAGCAGCUGCUCCAUGGCGAGGGCACCUGCCCCUCCUGGGGACCCUGCUGUCCUUGUUUUGGGGUGUCCCACUAGAGGGGCUGCCCAGCUCCAGGGCGUGCUGCGGCCCCUCAGCUCUGGACCGUUCGGGAUGGUUUUGCUGAUGUGUCACAUUUUCUGCAUUUCUUUCCUCAUUCCUCCCUCUCUGGAGCCGUUUCUGGGAAUGAGCUCGUCCUCUGCCAGGGCCAAAUUUUCUCCCGCCCUGCCCUGCCCGGUGUCCUGCCUCCCAUCCUUCCCACUGCCCUGCUGCCCAUCCUUCCCGCUGUUCUGCCUCUCAUCCUGACCGCUGGCCUGUCCUGGUGGCCUUUGCACUGUGCCUGGCCUUGUCCCUGCACUGCAGGGUCCCACGGCAAAGGGCCAAGGUUGGAACUGGGCCAGACCAGUGUGGGGGACAGGGACAGGGACAGGGACGCUGCCCCAGGAGUGUGUGGAGCACACGUGUGUGCCCAUGAGCACCGGCAGCCUGGUGCUGGGACUCUGCUCUGCCCCAUGACCCAUCCCAUGGCCGGGCAUGGGACACAAACCCUGGCCCGGUGCCACAGAUCCGCCUGAUGCCGUGGCCAGGAGGAGCCGUAUCCGUCCCGGUCCCUCAGGAAAGACGGAGGGCGGCGGGAGUGGGACAGCUCCAGCUCUGCAUCCGUGGGGUUCCAGCCCUGGAUGGAGCAGCCCAGCCCAGGCACGAACCCCUGCUCAGCUGGAGCUCAUCAAGGAGCCCCCGGGCACACCCGGGCACGGCCUUGAGAGGGACAGGGCGCUAGGGGGGGAUCCCAGCUCCUGCAGAGCGUUGCUCAGCCCGUGUCCCGCAGAUGCCCAGCAUGUGCCAUCCCUGGAGCCACUGAGAACUGCCAGGCACAAGGAUGGAGAGUCGCCGGAGGGACAUGGAGCUGCUCAGCAACAGCAUGGCCGCGUACGCCCACAUCCGAGCCAACCCCGAGAGCUUCGGGCUCUACUUCGUGCUGGGCGUCUGCUUCGGGCUGGUGCUCACGCUGUGCCUGCUGGUGCUGCGCUUGUCCUGCCGGCCCUCCCCGCGGCCCCCGGCGCGCCCCGGCGACCUCAGCGAGGACGACGACGACGAGGACGAAGAGGACACCGUGGACCGCGCAGCCUCUGAGUCGCUGCUGCCGGUGACCGAGAUCCCGCUGGAGAGCCACGGCCCCGGGGACGGGGCGCUGGCCGUGAACGUGUUCGCGUCGGCCGAGGAGCUGGAGCGGGCGCAGCGGCUGGAGGAGCGGGAGCGCAUCAUCCGCGAGAUCUGGCGCAACGGGCAGCCCGACAUCCUGGGAUCCGGCACCAUCGGCACCCUGGGCCGCGUCCACUACUACUGAGCCCGGCAGCUGCCCUGGCACGGUGUCUGCUCCCCCCACGGCUGAUCCCACACCGUGCCAGGAGGGACCGGGGGACAGGGGGUCUGCCCCUGAGCUGGCGGAGCUGCCUUGGACUGUCUCUGCAGCACGGAGAGCCAGACCCCGGUGUCACGGCUGGACUCGCCCCCGCCGCUGUGGGACACGAUGCACUUUGAGCCAUUGGUACGACGGCUGGCACCAGCCGAGCAGCCCCGGGACACGCGGGGACAGGGACAAGGACAGGGCAGCCCUCGCUGCGCCGGGGUUUCACCCGUGGGGCAGGGCCGGGCUGUACGUCCGUGUGAGCCGUGGGCUCCCGCCCCACAAACAUGGUGCUGUUGUACACGAACUAGA